CUGUAAGAUCCACACUCAGAGGCUGGAAACUACUAUAUAUAGAUGAUCUCAAGGUAAAAAGUGAGUUACCUUGUUCCUUCAACGCCCUCCGUAGCCAGCAGCAUAGAUGGACUUGUUGCCCUGCCAAUCUAUUCAGGAAAAUGGCUGGACCAACAAUAAAAAGCGAGAAUGUUUCUCUGUGGAAGAAGUUGUAUAUGUUGUACAGCUUCUUCUUUAUGCGCAAAGUCGUGGCUCACAUCCUUACUUUCUGCUUCUACUGUGUUAUCUUGCCAGCAAUUGUUCUGUUCCCAGAGAUCACAGUUCCGAAAUGGGCUGCAUUUUAUCUCCCUGCUUUGAUCACUCUCUUUAUCGCAAUCGGUAAACCAAGAUCAGUCUACCUGUUGGUGCUCUGGGUUCUGUUUGAGAAUGCAAUGUCCAUGCUUAGAACAAAGGCUCUGGUAAUGGGCUUGUUUGAAACAGGAAGAGUACAAGAAUGGGUUAUGACAGAGAAAUUAGGUGAUGCCCUCAAGACCAAGCUGAUUGGGCAAGUAGCUAAUGAACAUCAUGGUGCACUUGCUGGAGCUAUUGCUUGGAGUUCAACGGCCUUCUUCGUUGUUGGUUUUGGAUUUGUGGGAAAAUUUGUUCCUGCUUCCUCCUAA